UGAAGAUCUAAAAUGAGUCUCAGCUAUCCUCUGCUGCUUUGUUUGGCAGUGGCAUCUGCCUUUGAUAUGUCGCCCUCACACAACUGGACGAAAAUCAUCCUAACCCACCACUGGCCGAGCACUUUCUGUAGUAUGGAGUCUUGUCAUCAUCCUAAUGUAAGCUACUGGACACUACAUGGUUUAUGGCCUGAUAACGGGAAUAUGUGUAAUAGAUCAUGGAUUUUCAACUCAACGGAAAUAGAGGACUUGUUGCCUGACAUGGAGAAGAGUUGGCCUGAUUUACUGAAACCUGCAUCAUCUGGAUUUUGGAAGUACGAAUGGUCCAAGCACGGCACAUGUGCUGCCAGAUCUCCUACUUUAAACAGUCAACAUAAAUACUUCAGCAAGGCACUGGAACUGUACCAUAAAGUGGAUUUGGACAGUGUUCUGAGGAAAUUUGACAUCAUCCCAUCUGAAAAAUUUUAUAAAUUUUCACAAAUCGAAGGAGUUAUUGAAAGCUUCUAUGGUGUCAAACCCAAGAUACAGUGUGUCCAUCCAUCUGAGAAUGCUGGUACUCAGAUUUUGGGUCAGAUCGAGAUUUGUUUCAAUGCCGACUUCUCUCUCUUGGACUGUGAGCAUGAAUUCUUUUCCACCGUUGGCUCUGGCUUCAGUGUCUGUGAACAUGACGUUCCAGUUUACUAUCCUUUUUGA